AUGUUGCUGCGCUGUUUGGCCCUCGCCCUCACCUUGCUGAUGGUUCCUGGCAUCGAGAACAAUACAAAGGACGUCUGUGUUGGAAACCCUGGCAUCCCUGGCACUCCUGGGUCCCAUGGCUUGCCAGGCAGAGAUGGGAGAGAUGGAGUCAAAGGAGACCCUGGGCCUCCAGGCCCCAUGGGCCCCCCUGGAGGAAUACCAGGCCACCCUGGGCCUAAUGGGAUGACCGGAGCCCCUGGUGUUGCUGGAGAGCGUGGAGAAAAGGGAGAGCCUGGCGAGAGGGGCCCCCCAGGACUACCAGCUUCUUUAGAUGAGGAGCUCCAAACCACACUCCACGACCUCAGACAUCAAAUCCUGCAGACCAUGGGAGUCCUCAGCUUGCACGAGUCCCUGCUGGUGGUGGGAAGGAAGGUCUUCUCCAGCAAUGGGCAGUCCAUUAAUUUCAACGACAUUCAAGAGUUAUGUGCCGGGGCGGGCGGCCAAAUUGCUGCCCCAAUGAGCCCAGAAGAGAAUGAAGCCGUUGCAAGCAUUGUGAAGAAGUAUAAUACUUACGCCUACUUGGGCCUGGUGGAGAGCCCCGACUCUGGAGACUUCCAGUACAUGGAUGGGGCCCCUGUGAAUUACACCAACUGGUACCCCGGGGAGCCCAGGGGUCGGGGCAAAGAGCAGUGUGUGGAGAUGUACACAGAUGGGCAGUGGAAUAACAAAAACUGCCUGCAGUACCGACUGGCCAUCUGUGAGUUUUGA